AUGGAAGCAUUGAGUGAGGAGGAGCAAGCUGAAUGGAAGCGCUUGAUGCUGGCUGUCACCUAUAAGGAGGCCAUUGAUAAGCUCGUGCUGCAGCAGCGCUCACAGCGCUUGAAUAUGCAGAAGCCGCCAUCGCGGUUACCCGCCUCGUUGCGCCGAUUGCGCAGCUCCUCCAUUGGGCAGCAGGCGAUGCCUGAGCGAGUGCUGCUCACGGGCAAAAAGCUGCCACGGCUGGAAUCCUUGCUGGGCGACACAGAUCAGGAUGAUGUCAAGGUGGAUGAGUGUGUGCUAAAUGCCUUGAAAUAUGAACGUGACUUGGAUGCGCUGCGCGCGUUUUUUAUGGCAGCUAACCAACAGCUGUACAUGACCCAAGAGGAAUUGGAUAGUGAAAAGCCAAGUCGCCUGGAGCUGGCUAUUAGUGAGCUAAGCGGCAACAACAGCGAAGAGGCUGCGGCGAUCAAUGAGCUUCAGCGAUCCAGAGACGAGCUGAAGCAGCUGAAGGCUCAAUUGGAGCAGCUGGAAAUCGAUGGGGCGGCCAAGCUUAAGGAGACAGAAGAACGCAUUGCCGAUGCCAAGUACAAUUUAAAGUGUGUUUCGCGGGUCAACGAGCUGGAGUUCAGUCUGGUCGAGCGUUGGGAGGCGGCGCGCGUGGCCCAGGCCCAAAUUUGGGGCGAGAAUGCCGAACGGGCCUAUUUGCGAGACAUACUCGACUACAAGCAGCGUCUGGCGCGUGAGGAGCGCGUCAGCCAGGAGCUCAGUGCCUUUCGCAAUCGUGAGCUGGCAGACUUAAGAGAGCGCAUUGACCACUGGCAGCAGCGCUAUGCCAGCGAGAUGCGGCGCGUCGAACGCGAGACGGAGGCCUGGCAGCUGCGAAUUCUGGAACAGAACAAAUUGCUAGCGCAUCAUCAAGAGCUGAACGCACAGCACAAGCAGUUCGUGCGUGAGUAUCGCAUCAAGAAGGAGGAGGAGCAACGUCUGCACGAUCUUGAGGUGCAUCGCAUAGAGAGUGUCAUCAAGCUGCAGGCCUGGUGGCGCGGCACCAUGGUGCGACGCGGCCUGGGGCCCUUCAAAAAGAAGCCGAAGCGCGGCAAGCGAUCCAAGACAAAGAAGUAGACAAAUAAAAUGCAA